AUGAGCACGACCUCGUCAAUUGCAACGCUCUCACAUGUGGAGCGACAACAGAAGAUCCCUGAGAAGACUUUCUACAAACGGGUCCUGCCCAGCACGUGCACGCCGUUCAACUCUUCAAAGGGUCGAGCAUUGUUUUCCGAGGCCCUGACAGAGGGAUACAUGGAGACGUAUUUCUCCCUGUCGCUGCAGUUUCUUACUCAGGCGGAACCUGCUUUUUGUGGCCUGUCCACUCUCUGUAUGAUCCUCAAUACUCUUGAGAUGGAUCCCGGAAGGCAGUGGAGAGGGAGUGUGUGGAGAUGGUACGAUGAAUCUAUGUUGGACUGCUGUCGGCCAUUAGAGCAUGUCCUUAAGAGCGGGAUUACACUCCCCGAGUUUGUGUGCUUAGCUCGAUGUAACGGGCUCAAGGCGACCAUGAGCCGAGCGGAUAAGGCGACGAAGGAAGCGUUCUUGAUGGCUUUGAAGCAGACUUCUCGGGAGCCAAGCGAGUUCAUGGUGGUGUCUUACGACCGCGGAACACUGCAGCAAACGGGCAGCGGUCACUUUAGUCCGGUGGGCGGAUACAACGAAAAGGAAAAUAUGGUGCUGAUUCUGGAUGUUGCCAGAUUCAAGUAUCCCGCUUAUUGGGUGUCAUUCGACCUUCUAUGGGAAUCUCUGCAGCCAAAGGACAGUGCAACCAACAAGCCUAGGGGUUAUAUAACUUUGACCAAAGGCAAAAGGUCUUAUGUUCAGUCGGCUCUUAGUCAGCUGGCUGUCAACCGGGAGUCUUGGCCACGUCUGUCGAGGAUACUGUUCUCGGAGCUCCCACGACGCUUUGCCGCAAGUCCACCCAACAGCCCCGCGGACUUCAUCAACGUCGUGCUGGAGUCAAUACCAGACGUUUACGAUUCUGUGGUGGAAAACAGGAUGCCUUUGUUUGUAACGCCAAGUCCCAUCCCCGUGUCGGAUGGAGACGGAUGUUCCAAGGAUGAUGAUGAUGAGGAAGACCCCGUCGCGGCGUUCGAAAAGUACAUGGCCGGCUUGGAUGAAUUGCUGCUAUCGCUUGCGCAAACUGAGCUCUACAAACUGGUGGAAUCCUCAAUGGCAACGCAGCGAAAAGCCAAGCGGAGGAUAGAAAACGCCAAUCUCGCCGCCGAAAAGCUCUCGGACCUGGUCAAUGGACGUGUAACGGCCCUGACGGACGAACUUGGCGGCGAGAAUUCCGCACCCCCCAGUUCGCCCCGAUACCACUCGAGUCGAAGGGGAUCGGUCGUGCAGUCGCAGCUUCUCCUAUCUUUCCGCCCAACGCCGCUGUCGUCCCCCGCCAUAUCUGCAGUAGACCUGCUCCCGCAAAACCAUCCCGUCAAGGACUUCACUGCAUUUCUCACCAUGUUUCUGUUUGCGCUGUUCUCCUAUAAACCAUUCCAUGAGGACCUUCCGGACGUGUUGGAUGAGAGCAUAGACAGCCUGCCCACCGCUCCUAUUCAGACUGCCGCCCCCGCUCCUGCUAUCCCAGCACGCCCUUACCGUCGAAGAGAGUCGAUGGCUGUGCGAGUACGAGAAGUAGUUAAUCUGGAUGUGGCUGGCGUGCAGGACCCGACAUUACGGAAGGAAGUGGCUUUCUUGAGGUCGCAGAUAGCUGCGUUGACGGAGCUUGUUGAUUCGGACACUCAGCCGACGAAUGGGGUUCUGACUAAGGUUCCCGAAGCUCCGGAUGUUCCAAACUCGAACGGCACUGCUGGAGCACAGGCCAUUCCGCCAUCACCUGGAUCGGUUGUCGACGUAUCGCCACCUGUGUCAGUCUGA